UCUCAGGUUCCCUCUGGCUGCACUCUGGAGGACCACACUCGUUUUCUUUUUGGCUGCCAGAGGCCCCGCAUCCACCGCUGAGCUGGGAGAAAGAUGGCGGCAGCCGUGCGACAGGAUUUGGCCCAGCUCAUGAAUUCGAGCGGCUCUCAUAAAGAUCUGGCUGGCAAGUAUCGUCAGAUCCUGGAAAAAGCCAUUCAGUUAUCUGGAGCAGAACAACUAGAAGCUUUGAAAGCUUUUGUGGAAGCAAAAACUUUUCCACAUUACCUGACUUCAAACAUAUCCAGUGAUCUUGAAAAUUACUCAAAAUUCAGGCUGGAAUUUUAUAUGGUAAAUGAGAAUGUCAGUCUUGUGAUCUCGCGGCAGUUGCUGACUGAUUUUUGCACACAUCUCCCUAACUUGCCUGAUAGCACAGCCAAAGAAAUCUAUCACUUCACCUUGGAAAAGAUCCAGCCUAGAGUCAUUUCAUUUGAGGAGCAGGUUGCUUCCAUAAGACAGCAUCUUGCAUCUAUAUAUGAGAAAGAAGAAGAUUGGAGAAAUGCAGCCCAAGUGUUGGUGGGAAUUCCUUUGGAAACAGGACAAAAACAGUACAAUGUAGAUUAUAAACUGGAGACUUACUUGAAGAUUGCUAGGCUAUAUCUGGAGGAUGAUGAUCCAGUCCAGGCGGAGGCUUACAUAAAUAGAGCAUCAUUGCUUCAGAAUGAAUCAACCAAUGAACAAUUACAGAUACAUUAUAAGGUAUGCUAUGCACGUGUUCUUGAUUAUAGAAGAAAAUUCAUUGAAGCUGCACAAAGGUACAAUGAACUCUCUUACAAGACAAUAGUCCACGAAAGUGAAAGACUAGAGGCCUUAAAACAUGCUUUGCACUGUACGAUCUUAGCAUCAGCAGGACAGCAGCGUUCUCGGAUGCUAGCUACUCUUUUUAAGGAUGAAAGGUGCCAGCAACUUGCUGCCUAUGGGAUCCUAGAGAAAAUGUACCUAGAUAGGAUCAUCAGAGGAAAUCAGCUUCAAGAAUUUGCCGCCAUGCUGAUGCCUCACCAAAAAGCAACUACAGCUGAUGGUUCUAGCAUCUUGGACAGAGCUGUUAUUGAACACAAUUUGUUGUCUGCAAGCAAAUUAUAUAAUAAUAUUACCUUUGAAGAACUUGGAGCUCUUUUAGAGAUCCCUGCAGCUAAGGCGGAAAAGAUAGCAUCUCAAAUGAUAACAGAAGGACGUAUGAAUGGAUUUAUUGACCAGAUUGAUGGAAUAGUUCAUUUUGAAAGUAAGAGGUUUUGUGUAUUUCUGUCAUAAUGAAAUAGCAGUGAACUGUUGUUAUAUUU